CCUUUCUAUCCUUUUAAAUCACCAUGCUCUUCACCAAGAUUGUUGCCGCUCUCGCUAUCACUCAAGCAGUCCUUGCUGCUCCUCAAUACAGCGGUAAAGAUGAUGCCCCUUCUAAGACUAUCUCUGGUAAGCACCAUCCCUCUGGCGUUCCUUCUGGCUUCCCUUCUGGCUUCCCUUCUGGUAAGCACCACCCUUCCGGCGUCCCUACUGGUGUUCCUUCUGGUAAGCACCACCCUUCCGGUAUUCCUUCUGGUGUUCCUUCUGGUAAGCACCACCCUUCCGGUAUUCCUUCUGGUGUUCCUUCUGGUAAGCACCACCCUUCCGGCGUCCCUACUGGUGUUCCUUCUGGUAAGCACCACCCUUCCGGCGUCCCUACUGGUGUUCCUUCUGGUAAGCACCACCCUUCCGGUAUUCCUUCUGGUGUUCCUUCUGGUAAGCACCACCCUUCCGGCGUCCCUACUGGUGUUCCUUCUGGUAAGCACCAC